AUGACUGCGCCUCUGCGCGCCGCGCCUACCGACAGUAUCUUUGAGCAACGCGACCCUGUGGAGCGCUCGCACACGCUCGAUCCUGAUGGGGAUGUGGUGCUUGUCCUAGAAAAUGCGAAUCCAGCUUUUGCCCUGUGGGAACAAUGCACCACUGCCGGGCUUCAGGAAGUUAACCUUGCGGCCGACUCGCCCGUUGCAGAUAACGGCUCGGUGCACCCGCAAACACCAGAAGCCGAGACUCACCCUCCGAUGUCAUCCUACGAUGAGACCCGGGUUCAGAGCCCAGCUUCUACGAUCCCAUGUGUUGAAUUCAUCGUAUCGUCCCGACAUCUCACGUUCUCAUCACACUACUUCAAGGCCCAACUCUGCGGUCCAUGGGCGGAGGCCUCUGUGCACUCCCAGGAUGGCCGUCGUCAUACCCGAAUACGGGACUGGGACGCUGACGCUCUCAUUUUGAUGCAGAUUUUCCAUGCUAAAACGGGAAACACUCCCCGUCUUAUUGAUCUGGAACAGCUUGCCAAGAUCGCAGUCCUAGUUGACUACUUCAGCUGUUACAAUACUGUUAGAUUCUUCUCGACUCUGUGGAUCGACGCCCUCAAAGAACAACUGCCGUCGCAGUGCAACCGCGAGCUGGUCCUAUGGUUGUUCGUGGCUGUGGUCUUUCGUCGAGAUGACAUCUUCCAGACCAUCACCAAGACAGCCGUCACAGAGAGCAAAGGGCCUCUCCCGACUCUUGGACUACCUUUCCGAGGAGACUUGAUCGAUCAAAUCGACUUUCGAAGGCAGGAUGCCAUAGCAGGUAUUCUGAGAACGCUGGACACACUGGGCACAUCUCUACUUCGCGGUCUCUCCGGCUGCGACUUUGGCUGUUCUUCUGCCCUCUUUGGUGCACUGGCAAAGGAAAUGGCUAAACACAACCUAAUGGAUCCUGAACCCUGUGCGCCAUUCUUAGGCUAUGGCAUCACCGCGCUUGAGAAAGCGAUCAAGGAUUUCCAAACUCCUCGAUGGGGUCACUCUGUCUAUCAUGCAUCGAGCUCGCGACCUUGCCAGCUGGUUGACAUAUGUACCAAAUUGCUUGGGGAAGGGCUGGACGAAGUCAAGAAAGGGUUCACGCUCAGCGAAGUUGGUCUUUUCCGUCCUUGA